ACUUUCCCAACCAGAUUUUUCAUCCAAAACCCAAAAAGGAAAUCAGUAAGCAAACAAACAAUAACAGAAAGAAGCCUAGAAGCCAAAGAAAAGCAAGAACCUGAAGGAGGUGACAAGAUGUGUUUGGUGUUCGUGUGCGAUGAGGAUCAGAGGGUGCUGUCCAGGCAACCAGCUCCAGGGGCUUGCCCCUUCUGCGGAGGCAUGAUCCAGGCCACCGACGUUGAAAGCCAAUGGAGGUUCUGCUUCCUCCCCCUUUACUGGAAAACCAAACGCAAGUUCUAUUGCACCAUGUGCACCAGACAACUCGUUAUACAGUAGAAACACUACUAUCUUACAGAAUUUUUUUUUUUUUUUUUUUUUUGUACUUUUUCUUCAUGAUCUGUGAAGUUUAGACAGGGGGUUGACCUAUUUUAUCUUUGUUUUGUGAUUUUAAUCAGUGAUUGUGUAAAGAAAACUAUGACUUUAAAGAAAUAGAGAUUCCAUAUACGUACCUUGAUUGUUC